AUGGAAUCCACCGGCAAAUCUUCGAUCUCCACUGACCGCAAGAACAGCGAGAAGACCGUCGUCUCCUCUGCCGAGAAGACUGUUGCCUCCUCCGCGUCUGUGAAACCAAAUGGAUCUUCGAUCUCCACCGACCGCAACGAUCGCAAAGCCAGCAAGAAGACCGUCGCCUCCUCUGUGACUGCGAAACCAAGCGGGAAGUCUCCUGUUUCGUCUACCAAUCCGAUGAACCCAAACACUGUUACCGCUCUGUCCUCCGCGCAUGCAAACCAAGUGAUGUUCUUCAGAGAUGUUUCACUCGGCCCACGCGAAGCCGAGUUGAGGUUUCGUCUGAUUCACUUAUGGGAGACUCGAAAUAUAAACACGAAAACCUUGAUUGGACAAGAGAUGCUCCUUAUCGACCAAGAGGGUACCGUUAUUCAGGGUUUUGUCCCAGCCGGACGUGUUGGGACAUUUGAUCUGGUAGCUGGUUCUGUCUAUAACCUGAGCAAAUUUUUUGGAUCCAGAAGCAAAGAUAAGUAUCGGGUUGCUGAUCAUGUCGCCACCGUAUCGUUUUCUUGGAAUACUUCUUUGGCGGUGGUUGAGAACCCUCCGGUUUUGAUUCCAGAAGAUAGGUUCAGGUUCCACAACUAUGAGGAGUUUAAGGCCAAUUGCGACUCCAGGGGUGAUCUUUAUGAUUACAUUGGCCACAUGAAGCUGGUGAAUGGCGGACCGGUGAUGAAGCUUUAUCUGUGGGACAAAGCUGCAGCCGAUUUCUGCCAGAAAUUCAAGUCGUAUGGAAACACCCCAAGCAUUCUUUUGGUUACCACCGUGAACCCUAAACACCUUGGAGGCACCCUUGCUCUCACUUCUAUGUCAUCGUCUCGGGUGUUUAUGAAUGCCGAUUUGAAUUCCAACUCUGAUAUUGCUAAUAGGAUUGCAGCUGAGGUAGUCACUAAGCCUGAGUCAGUGACUCUUGAAGAGCUAUUCUCUUACAUCAAGCAAGACUCUUCUAAGGUUGCUUGGUUUGAGUGCAUGGCGACUAUAGAUGAUGUUGUCCAGGGUUCUGCAUGGUAUUACAUCUCCUGCGGUGGAUGUAAUAGCAAGGCGGUCAAAGGGCCUACUUCUUUGAUUUGCAACAACACGAAGUGCGUGAAGACUGAAGUCACAGGCGUACUUCAGUACCUCACGAAGAUAUCUGUGUAUGAUAAGACUGAGCAAGCAGUUUUUGUCAUUCAUGCUGAUGCUGGAAAGGAGCUGACCGGUAAACAUGCAUCAGAGUUGGUUGCUAAUUACUUUGAGGCUAAUGAUGGAGUAGGAGCUGAUCACUGCGUGCCUGUUCCGCAAGCUUUACUUGAUACAAUAGGGCAGACACGCAAGUUUAUUGUGAAGGUCUCGGAUCAUAAUCUGACUGGCAAGACUCAGACCAUAACCGUCACCAAGAUAUUCCCACCAGAAGCCCCACUGCCGUCGACUGUAGGUGUUGGGUCUGGUUCUUCAGGAAGCUCUGGAGAUACUGCAGGUGAUAAGGCUAGAAAAGCCGCUGAGAUCCUUGAGGCAGAUGAAGCAAAACGUUCCAAGAGUGGCUAA